AUGAGCGACAAAAAAGAUGAAAGACCGCCUCCUGAUGGUACCGUUACCGAAGAUGCCGUCUUUGGCGUCAUAUCAGAGGACGGUCCUAAUUACCGCAAUCUAGGAUGGAAGGGAACAGCAGUUCUCAUGAUGAAGGCACAAAUCGGGCUCGGCGUCCUGUCAAUCCCCGAGGCCUUCAAUACACUAGGCCUUGUUCCGGGCAUAGUUUGUCUGCUUGCCAUUGCGGUGGUAACAACCUGGUCUGGCUACAUGGUUGGUGUUUUCAAGCUCAACCACCGUGAUAUCUACGGUGUCGACGAUGCCACCGGACUGAUAUUCGGCCCUGUUGGUCGGGAGAUUCUAGGAGUUGGGUUCUCUUUGUUUCUCAUAUUCUCUGGUGCAUCGGGAAUUCUCAGUCUUUCUAUCGCAUUGAACGCAAUCUCAAGCCAUGGAACUUGCACCGCUGUCUUUGUCGCUGUUGCUGCUAUUGUGGUUCUCGGCCUGGCCAGCAUUCAGACCCUCGAUCGUAUAGGGAUGCUAGCUUGGGCUGGUCUAGGAUGCCUACUUACUUCCAUCUUCAUCGUGACCAUCGCCGUCGGAAUCCAGGACCGCCCUGAUGCCGCGCCACAAACAGGCCCUUGGUCCUCCGAUUACAAGAUCGUGAACUCCCCAUCCUUUGCCAAGGGCAUUGCAGCAAUCAGUCAACUCACCUUUGCCUUUACCGGCACCCCGUUCUUUUUCCCAAUUGUGUGCGAGAUGCGCGAUCCUCGACACUACACAAAGUCCCUGGCCAUCUGCCAGUCCGUUGCCACCGUUAUCUACAUCGUCAUCGGCAUUGUAGUCUAUUACUACUGCGGCUCCUACGUCUCCUCCCCUGCGCUGGGCUCGGCAGGGAAGCUAAUCAAGCAAAUUGCCUAUGGAAUUGCAUUGCCAGGGUUAUUCGUUACCUCGACUAUUAGUACCCAUAUGGCAAGCAAAUACUUCUUCAUCCGCAUCAUGCGCGGGUCACGGCAUCUCGCCGCAAACACGCCCUUGCACUGGUUCACCUGGCUCAGCUGCGUCGGGGCCGUAAUCGCAGUUGCGUAUAUCAUCGCCAGCGCGAUCCCCAUUUUUGGGAGUCUCAUUUCUCUUCUCGGUGCCCUGCUGGGGACUCUGCAGGUGUUUCAGCCGGCGGGGUUUAUGUGGUUGUAUGAUAACUGGGCCAAGGGCAGGAUUGGUACGAGACAGGAGUCGCUGAGGUGGAUGUUUAUGGUUGCGUUUAGUGUGUUCAUGGUUGUCCUGGGCUGCUUUUUGAUGGUUGCUGGCACGUAUGGUGCGGUCGUGGGUAUUAUUGAUGGGUUGAGGGCAGAUGGUGCGUCUGGGGUUUGGUCUUGUGCUGAUAAUUCUUAG